UGUACCUUGCCGUUGCCGUCAUCACCGGCACAUCCCCCGACACCACGAGGCCAAUCGCUUUUUCGACAGCAGUUUUGUUUUUGCAUUUGUUUGUCGCACACAUGCCCCCACGGCCGCGCAACGGCUCGCGGCUCGGACGGCUCUCGCUUCCCCUUCUCCUUCCCGUCUCUCCCCUUCCCUCUAUCUUCCCGAGGAUGACUUACUGAUGCCUUGCUCUUCCUUUCCUCUCUCCCACCAGCUGCGACUCCCCCUCGUCCCGACCUCCCCCAUCGUACCUCGUCUUUCACCAAGCGGCACGCUUCCUUCGACAGCCCUAGAGAGGUGCCCUUGCCAUACAUGCCGCACUCCCACCAUCUGUCUUACUCAAGCACGAACGCCGCUACGCACACGCGGACGCACGGCGCAGUGAUAGGCGACGCUGUUGGCGGAGCUGCGCACAACGUCUACACGACAUACGACUUCGAGCGCCCAGGCGGCGCAGGGUCAGGUGUCAUUACUGAUCACGCGGGAUCAGCGUCGUCGUCAUCGAACGAUAGCCUCCCGAGCGCAUCAUUAUCAGCCAUGUCCGCGCCGACGUCGUCCCGCGUCGACACCCCCAUGGACACUAGCGGAAGUUCCGGCGCUAGCUCUUACUUCGCAGACAUGUCUGCUGUUGGGUCCACUUCCGCGAGCCCUCCCGUCUCGUUCUCGCAGGUCUUGCAGCGCCGAGGACAGGCGAGCCCUGUACACCCAUUCGCGCGGCCAUAUUCGACACCGGAUGCGAGCGGCAUUUGUCAAGCACCGCCCCGCAUACACUCACCCAGGCCGGUGAGGCCCACUGCCGGGUCAGACAGGUGCUCUACUGUGAGCCUGCCGCUGCCAUCGCAUACGCCUUAUCACACGCUCCCAGAGCUGUCUGGAAGUAUGACUCAGGAAAGCAUAAACAUGGGUGAAGGUCUUAAUUUGCCAUAUUUUCUGUCGUCAUCUUCCUCUUCUAGCGCUGUUUCGGUGCCUACGCAAUCUUCAUCUGCGUCCAUGGAUCCCACGACUGGUCCAUCACAUUCGGCGGUCCGGUCUCCAUCGCAGUCGUCAUACUCGGAUUGGGCAUAUGAGCGCUCAAUAUCUCCGCCCUUCUCGCGCUUGCUGGAACGAGCAUAUUCUCACUCUUGUUGGGGCUCUCUAUCCCCUCUGACGCCAUCUCCGGAUCCAUCAACGCUCCCGCCACCCGCUCCUCCCGUCGUAUUAACACCGCCUCCACCACCUUUGAGCGAAGGUACAUCUGAAAGGGCGCCGCACGAACCAUUUUUAGCACAUGAGCCAGCACCAAAUGAUAGCUAUAUCGCGGUUGAGACGAAUCCGAGGGAGUAUCGACUGCUGGUGAAGUUACCGGGAUUUAGGCGGGAUGCAAUCACGCUGUCGACGCGUAAAGGGCGGAUUUUGCAUGUGGUCGCUGACUCUUGGGAGCCGAACGGGGGUCAUUUCGAGCGGCGGAUAUCAUUCGGAUAUGAUGCCGACCUUGGCCAAGUGCGCGCUGAGUUCGACGGCGAGUUCCUGAGGGUCAUCGUGCCACGGCGCAUGCAUCUGUGACCUCGUGGAGCCUGCGCAAGUGAUUCGAUGCACCUGCGUUAUAUGUACGGUUGUCACCCCCAUCUCCAUCUGUUCUCAUGUCCGCUCCCACCCCUGCAUCUUCUCGCGUUUGCUUCACUCCGUCAACGAUAGCAACAGCC